AUGGUGCUUGUAUCGAUAAUAGGAGGGCAUGUACUGCUGCUUUUGCUAUGUGCGAGCCGAGUAUCAGGGUUUGCGAUUUCCCCUUCCACGUUUGGACCAAGGGAGAAUAAUGGUGUGACCUCGAAGCGCCUGCUUCCAAUAUGGAGCAGCAGCGGCGAUGAUGAGUCAUCCGACGGCAGUAGUAUAGACGCAAUGCGACAAAUGUUGGAAGGAUCCUGGAAUUCCGAAAUGAUGGGAUUGCUACCGGCCGAUCCCGAGGAUGCUGCAAACGAAGCCGGUGGUUCGCUUAUGACAGCGAAAGAACGUGGUCAGAAUGUGGUCAUGAUCAAUUUACUUCUGCCAAGUUACGAUAUUACCAUGGGAUCCAACGUUUACGACGAAGUCGAAGCUGUGAAUUUUUGUGUUGCACUCAGCAAGUUCCUGGACGAAACUGACAGCGCGGAUGAUUCUAAGAAAGAGGAACUAGACGAUUUUCGACAACAACUCAUGGCUGAUUGGGGCGAGGACGAGCCAGAGGAUGAGCCAUCAGACGAAGUACAAGGAGAUAUCAGUGACAGCGAGGAGCUUCCAGCGGAAUCUGAACCGCCACAACCUGAAGCAGAGGCUGAACCUUCGUUUCGAAUGGCUAGCAUGUUUGGCGAUGCAACCUUCAAAAAAGGUCCGGACAUGUUCGACAAAGUCAUUGAGGCAGUCUCCUUUAACGCCCAGCCAAACGAAGACGAGGAUACCCUUGUCAUAUUGUCAGCUUCCAGCGAGGAAGAAACCAUUGGGGUCCGUGCUCUUGUGGCCAAGUUUGAAAAAACCAAGACGAUUCUGUUGGUCAACUGCCAGUUCAACCCGGUUCCCCGUGAACUCAUGAAAGCAGAAACAAUCUACUAUCUACUGCCCUUGGUAGCUAAACCCAAAGAAGCUUCCACACAAUCAGAAGGAUCCAUGGAACAGCCAAAAGUAGUUGUCUUGCGAAGGUUCCCACGCGAUUUUGAAGUGUACAUGGACUUUGGAAAGGGCUUUGAACUGACGGAGAGUGUGGGCGUGAACCAGGUGGGAAGGACCGGCCCAACAUUGGAAUGGGUCGCAGGGAGAGUCAAGAGGCAAAUGGAUGCCCGCUCUUUCUAG